AUGGACGAUACUCAGCCACAGCCCGCCGAGUUGAAGCACGAGUCUUCAGACGCUGUCGACCUUGGCGCAAAUGGCGCCGAUGUCGUUGGCGCUGAUGCAGCAGAGACACAAUCAAGAGAUGCUCAAUCAUCAGCCAACCCAAAUGGAACGACGCCGGCCAAUCCUCUAGAUGCGCCCAAGUCGCCGCCGGCCCAAGAUGAUCCAGAUGGCGAGCAGGAAGAUGCUGAGAUGGGCGGAGUGGACGAAGACGCAAAAGUCGAAGAUGUUGAUGCUGAAAAGGAUGGAGCGGAGGAAUCCCAAGAAACGCCGGCCGCAACACAAGCGACAGAUGGUCAGGCAGCACAGGCAAAAUCCAGCCUCGAAGCUGCAGCCAAUUCUCACCUUGUCGCGCAGACACAUCAAAUCAUCCUGCCCAGUUAUAGCACUUGGUUUGACAUGCACACGAUCCACGCCCUGGAAAAGAAAUCACUGCCCGAGUUCUUCAACAGCCGAAACCGCAGCAAAACACCUGCCGUUUACAAGGACUACCGCGAUUUUAUGAUCAACACCUACCGUUUAAAUCCCGUCGAGUACCUUACGGUAACUGCAUGCCGAAGAAAUUUGGCUGGUGAUGUCUGUGCGAUAAUGCGAGUACAUGCCUUUCUAGAACAAUGGGGCCUCAUCAACUACCAGGUCGACCCACAAACUCGUCCCGCGAACAUAGGUCCCCCGUUUACAGGCCAUUUCAGAGUCACCGCGGACACACCUCGUGGAUUGCAACCAUUCCAACCCGCGCAAAAUACUUUCACGACACCUGGAAAACCUCAUCCCUCAACUGACCGGGCCGCUUCGGCAACCCCUGCCUCAAAGCCAGAUCUGAACCUUGAGCUCCGACGGAAUGUCUACGACGACAAAGGCAAAGAAGUCAAAAAGACUGAAGACUCGGAGAAACAAACAAACGGCGAAGGGGCGACCGCUAAUGGCGCGAGUUCCGGCGCUGCUACAACCAAGGCCAUGGACGCUGCUGCAAGAGAACCCAUCAAAAGUUUCAACUGCUUCUCGUGUGGAGUUGAUUGUACGCGAUGCCGCUUCCACUAUGCCAAAUCAGAUCCCGUUUCAAGCAGCGCAAACCCCAACGAGCUCAAGUACGAUCUAUGUCCGAACUGCUACUUUCAGUCUCGAAUGCCGGCAAACCAUCGCUCGUCCGACUUUGUCAAGAUGGAGGAGCCAGCAUACUCACAUAUUCCCGACAAAGAUGCCACCUGGACGGAUUCAGAAACCCUCUUGCUGUUGGAAGGUCUGGAGAAUUUUGACAACGACUGGAACGAGAUUGCCAAACAUGUUGGUUCACGAACUAGGGAGGAAUGUGUACUCAAAUUCUUGCAACUCGACAUUCAGGAUCAGUACCUUGAAGACGGACCAUUGAACGGUGCCUCUGCGCUGAAGGCGCUGACAGGAAGGAGUGCCAUCAGUCAGCUGGACAAUCCGGUGAUGUCGGUCGUCAGCUUCCUUGCGCAAAUAGCGGAUCCGGACGUGGUUGCCGCGGCAUCAAACCGCUCUAUUGCAGUCAUGCAAAAGCAGCUGCGGGCGCAGCUUGAAAAGGGUAUGGGCGGAGCCGAAGAAAAGGCGGCGGGAGAGAUGGAAAAGGCAGAAGUAAAGUCAGAAGAUCAGAUGGAAGUCGACGAGUCAGCCCCCUCGGCAGAGAAUCCGGCACCUGAAGCCAAUGGCUCGACGAAAGUGAUCAAUGACAUCGCCACUACAGCACUGGCUGCAACUGCUGCACGCGCCAGUGGUCUUGCUUCACAUGAGGAAAGAGAGAUCACGCGCAUGGUGUCGGCCGCCGUCAACCUGACGCUCCAGAAGUUUGAGUUGAAGAUGGCGCAAUUCGCGGAAAUGGAAGAAAUCGUCCAAGCUGAGCGAAGGGAUCUCGAGAAGGGCCGACAACAACUGUUCUUGGACCGGCUUUCGUUCAAGAAGAGAAUGAAAGAGAUGGAGAAUACAUUCCGCCAAGCCAGCUUGAAGGAUCCGCAAGAGGGCAUGCGCAUGAUGCAGGAGGCAGUGAGCACCAACGCGGGCCACAAGUUUGGCUUCCAGUCAGAAGGUGACAGAAGCGAAGGGAUGGUUGUCAACAUCACCGCUGAUUCUGGUGACGCAAGGACUAUGGAGCUCUAG